AGUUAAUGCUUAGAAUAAUUAUUUUGACAAUUAUAGUUGCUGGUUAUACAAACAUGAAUGUCUAUGAAGAAAAUAUUUCAUAACAUUACAGACAAUAAUUCUAGAAAUCUAGUCAGUUGCAUUUUUGUCACAGAACUGUAGCAUCAUAGAAUGUCCUAAGUUGAAAGAGACCCACAAGGAUUAAAUCCAACUCAUAGUCCUGCACAGCACUGUCUCCAAGGAUCACACCGUGUGCCUGAGAGCUUUGUCGAAACACUUCUUGAGCUCUGUCAGCCAUGGUCCUGUGAUCACUGCCAUGGGGAGCCUCUUCUAGUGCCCAGCUACCCUCUGGAUAAAGAACAUUUUCCUGAUAGCCAACCUAAUACUCUCCUGAGAGAGAUUAAUUUCAUUCCCGUAAGUCCUGUUACUGGUCAUGCGAAGAGUUGCUUUAGCAGCAAAAACUUGUAAUUUAAGUUUUGAGUAGUUUUCUAAACAGUAUACUCAAAUUCCCUCAAAAACUACUGAGUUUAAUAUAAAAUCUCAAAAUGGUCUUGCCUGUGGUACAGUUAACUGUGUAUCAGCAACAUUAAUAAUACUGGCAUCUUCUGGUAUUAAAAACUGAUGAGUCUAGUAUUUAUUACAUAAUUUGUAAUUUACAGUGACAUUUCUGUUUUACUUACCAAUUUAAGAUUAGCAAAUAAUUAAAUUGUAUUAUUUUAACCUCCCAGUCAGCCUCAACCUAUUUAAAGUUUGGGUUUCUUUUUGGUUUUAGUAUUUAAAUGUAUGUGAUGAGGCAACAUAUCCCUUACCUGUUUCACUUUACAGACAUCUGGGUGACUAAAAAUCCCUACAGGAACCAGCUUCUGUCACUAAGGAGAGGGUGUAUUCUUGAUUCUAAUUUUAUGGUAAAUUAUCCAAUAUCCUGAGUUAGAAGGGACCACAAGGAUCAACUCCUGCAGCUGUGCAGGUCAUCCCAAGAAUCCCGCCAUGUGCCCAUGUUUGAGAGCGUUGUCUAAACAUUCCUUGAAGUCCGGCUUUGUGUCCUGUCACUGGUCAUCAGAGUGAAAAGAUUAGUAUCUGCACCUCUGCUUGCCCUUGUGAGGAUGUUGGACACCCCAGUAAGGUGUGACAGAUCCAUCGUUAAUAAAUCAAGGCAGACAGCUCUGGACAUUGCUAAAUUUUGGGGGUACAAACACAUAGCUAAUUUGUUGGCUAAUGUGAAAGGUGAUCAGAAACCUAGUUGUUUGUCAAAUGAUGUGAAAGAAUAUGAAAAUUAUUUUGGCAUGACACUUCUGGACAGACGGAGUGAUAAAAGAACAGAUUCUAAGUGGCUAAGUAAAAAACAAAGCCAUCCAGCUACAGUGUACAUCCUCUUCUCAAAUCUAAGUCCCUUGGUUACUUUGGGUGGGGGAAGAGAGAGCUCGCAGCAACCAGAAGUAAAGCUUUGCAGGUUGUGCCACAAGGAUGUGGAACUGUGCAUGAACCAAACUGAAGAAUGUACCUUGAUUUUUCUUGGAGUGGACCUUAAGUUUGAUAUGAACCUGAUGGCUGCUUGCAGUGGAAGAGUUCAGCAAGAAGAUGAAGAUGGGUUAGUUGCUUGGUUUGCUCUUAGCAUAGAUUCUGCUUCUGCUGAAAAAUUUAAACAGAAGCAUGAGGACUGUUACUUUCUUCACCCACCGAUGCCAGCGCUACUGCAGUUACCUGAAAAAGAAGCUGGAGUAAUAGCCCAGGCGAGAUCUAUUCUAGCAUGGCACCAGCGUUACCGAUUCUGUCCAACAUGUGGGAGUGCAACCAAGAUUGAAGAAGGGGGUUACAAGAAAACUUGCUUAAAAGAAGGUUGUCCCAGUCUCCAAGGAGUUCACAACACAUCAUAUCCAAGAGUUGAUCCUGUUGUGAUAAUGCAAGUCAUCCAUCCAGAUGGCAACCAUUGCCUUUUAGGUAGGCAGAGGAGAUUUCCCCCAGGAAUGUUUACCUGCCUUGCCGGAUUUGUAGAACCUGGUGAAACCAUAGAAAAUGCUGUUCGAAGAGAAGUAGAGGAGGAGACUGGAGUCAAAGUUGCCCAUGUUCAGUACAUAUCUUGUCAGCCGUGGCCAAUGCCUUCUUCCCUCAUGAUUGGCUGCUUAGCUGUUGCAGUGUCCACAGAAAUUAGAGUUGACAAGAAUGAAAUAGAGGAUGCCCGCUGGUUCACUAGAGAACAGGUCGUGGAAGUUCUCAUUAAAGGAAACCAGCGUUCUUUCUUUGUACCACCAAGUCGAGCUAUUGCACACCAGUUGAUGAAACAUUGGAUUGGAAUGAAUGCUAAUCUUUAGUUCAAAUAAUUGAUUUCUUUAAGUUACUUCUUCUACUGAAUGCUUAAUUAGGAACAAAUUAGAACUUUUUGUCUAGUGAAUGUGUAACCAAGUGAUUUUCUGAGCCUUUACGUUGGUUCCAGAGCUAAACCAUGCAAUCUUUGUAGGUGUUUUCAGACCUGAAUUAGAUUUGGACAAAACCCAAUAAUUAUCUCAAGCAAGCAAGCACCAAAUAAGUAGAAUUGGUACCUUGUUGAGUACAGGCUGUGUUUCUUGUUCUAGAAUGAAAUUAUUAUGCCUUUUUCUUUACACUUUUUAUGUUUGAUUUGGUCUUCCCCCACUGGAAGGAUUCACAGCAUUACAAAGAGGGCUGUCUGACCUUGCCUGCUCUUUGAAUUCUCUACUUACAUCUCCUCUUUGGCCUUAAUUGUUUCUUUCUCAUUUUUGCUUAUCUCCAUUUUUUAAAUUUGACCUGUCGCAAAAAUCUACAUUCAGUGCUGAAAGCCUUACCCAAGUAUGGUUAUUUUAAAGUCAGUAGCAUAUGUAACUAGUGAAACUAUGUAACUAGUGAAAGCAUAUGUAGCUAUGUGGUACUUCGUAUCUUUUACUUUAAUAAUUUAUGUUAAUGCUCAAAGCAGAGCAUUUACUCGUACAUUCUGACUUGGCCUGCACUUAUCCAAUUGUAUGUCAGCCUGAAUUUAAAGGUAUAACACAAUACUUUGUUUUUGAAAAAGGUGUUGGAGAACCAUCCCUGAAAGCCUAAGUAUUAGUGUUUUCAUAAGAUAAUAAUGUACUUAUUGAUGCUAGGCAGUGAGUAAUUUCAUUCUCUGAUAAUUAGAAAUGAAAUUACAGAAUAAUGGAGAAGGAGGAACAAGACGUAUCUCAAAAUAUGCACAAAGUUCAUUAUGGAAAUAGAGAUGCCAAGAUUGUUACUGCUAUUAAGAAUCUUAUAUUUGAAAGAAGUAUAUUAACUGCAGCUAUAAGACUGCAGGGAUAUGUUAAUUAAAAUAUGUAUUUAUGUGGUUUUAAUGCUACAGUUCAGAUUUGUGCCUUAAUUUAUCAAGUUAUUUAAGAUUGUGUUGAUGUUCUAAAAAGAGAAGUAUACUGGUUUAAUAUUUAUUUCAUUGUGUAAUAGUACUCUGUCAUUCUGCAGUCAUUGCAGUGAUAUCAAAAGAAAUGCAAAUGACCUGAAGAAGUUGUAGUGACAAAUGUAAACUUAUUAUUUUGUGAUUUGUUUAUUUGGAGUAAUUUGUUUUUAACAGUGAAUGGUGUCACAUUUUUUUCCAAAAUUCUCAGGAACCUGGAAUCAGUAAAACUGUUGUACAAAUUCUGAUUGUACUUUGUUUUCCCCAUCCAUGUCACACUAUGCUCAGCAGUUUUCAUGGGUUUUUUUGUAAGGCAGUACCUAAGAAACUUUAAAGCAAGAAGCCUUCCUGACAGAUUUGGAGUAUUUGACAUGUUAUGUUGCUUCAUUCUCUUCCUUGUUUUAGCCAUAUGUAAAAAUAAAUACAGGCUAUUUCUUGUCUGUCAAGGAGAAGGAAACAAUACAGUCCUUCCCUUAAAAAUUGCUUUUACAGAGAAAGCGAGUUAUGGAAAGCUGUCGUAGGGCACAUGUACCAGCAAGACUGUAUGGUACCAAUGGCAAUUAUCAGUUGCAGGUUGCUCAUAGAGUAAAGGAAAGUAUGUUGGAAAGUAUAUUGGAAAGUAUGCAAAAAGUGGUGGAAGCUGAGCAGUGAAAGGAAGUUUCAACUAGUGCUGUGGUGAUUACAUUUGGAGAGAUGAACAAGGGAGUGAGGAGCCAGAUGGUAGAAGAAGGAUAAAGUGUAGAGCAAAUAUAGGUAGCAUAAAAAUAAGUAGUUUGUGGCUUUGAGGUAGCUAAAUGUACAUGACUAAGACCCAUAGGAAUACUUUUAAAACUAUUGGAAUAGUUUUUUUGUAGAAAAUUAUGGUGAGUGGCUAUAGAGAUGUGCUUCUAAAAGUGAAACUCCAAACACAGUAUCCCUAAUUAAAACUGAUGUUAGUAAUCUGCCUAAUUUUUUUUUUUGAGGAUCUGUAUACCAGUAUAUAUGUGCAGUUACAAUGCUAAUAAGUAAAUCAAAAAUGUACACUUUUAUGUAUGAAGAAAACCAGAAAAAUAUGACAAAAGGAACAACACUUAAAUAAUCUCUGAUUUUGAGAGUAAUCUUUUAAUGAUCUUUCAGGUUUAAUAAUUUAGGUAUGUCAACGAUUUUUAGUCUUUAUAGAUAUUCAAAAUCUAAGCCAAGCUUUUGAAAAAGGUUUUGAAGCUUUCUUUUCCUUUUUCCCUUAGCAAGAGAACAAUUCCAUUUGCAGGGAAGAAGACAAAUCUAAGAAAGCUAGUUAGAUAAAUUUAAUCCAUUUAAGGAAAGAUUUUUCCUGGCAUUUUAUUGCUUAACUUUCCCUAUUUGCAGGUCAGGGUUUAAAUUUAUUUCAAAAUUACCUAUACAUUUUAAGGACAGUUACUGUUUCCAGUUUACACAGGAAAUGUCAAAUUGAAGAACCAAAUGCUCUGGUUAUCUGGCAACUACAGCAGUUCAGGAAAGUGCCAAAUUAAAUUUAGAAACAGUUGAAGAGAGUGUAGUGGUUCUGACUGGAGUAUUGUAUGGGCAACACCUCCAGAAGAUCUCAGUAGUUCAACUUCAAAAGACAGCAGCAGCUUUUAAAGCAGGCUGUUUCUUGCCACAAAGUUAAUGCAGUAGAUUAAGAGAAUAGUGUUACUUACUAAAAAGAGUGUUUUUUUUCUAUGCUGUGAGUAAUUAUCUAUCACUUUUUUCCCUUUCUUGUACAAGGAUAUCAGACCAUAAAUAGUACUCAUGAUGUCAAAUGUACAAGGCAGAAAAUUCUGGAGAUGCCUUUUAUCCCAGUUUGCCUGUGUACUAAAGAGAACUACCUUCUAUGCAAUAUAUAAUUUGAAAAUAUUAUGUAUUUUAUCUGUUUUUAUAAUAAUUUACAGAUAAUAGAAAUAAUAGCUUAAUAAAGCAGGAAAAGAUAAUUAGGUCUUUGAACACAAACCAAAACUGAUACUUCUAAUGAAACUGAAAUCUCAUGCAAUGUAAUGACAUUUAAUGUAAGUAUAAUACUGAUGAUGAUAUUUUUACGAACUUUGCAUUUGUCCUAAUAAACAUACUUCUUUAAACUCA